CGCGUUAUCAUUCUCGGCGCGUCCGACAGUGGAAAGGCGAACAUUGCCAAACAAUUCUCUGAACAACGUUUCAGCGAGGAAUGGGAACCGCACUUCCUCGACCAUUUCACAAAGCACAUCAACGUGGACGAUUGCCCGGUGUCUCUCAACAUUGCGCCUCUCAUUCCCAUCGAGGAGAAUUCAUUCAUGAUCAACGAAUCCAUCCGCACCGCCGACGGUGCCAUCCUCGUCUUCAGCAUCACCUGCUCCAAGUCAUUCACGGAAGCUAUCCGUUGGCGCGAGCGCGUGUCUCAGAUGCGAAACGAAAUGUCCGACAACUUUCCUAUGGUGCUGGUAGGGAACAAGUCGGACUUGGAAGACGACCGGGAGGUGGAAGCACACAAAGCUACGAAACUCGCACGGCAUUGGAACGACAUGCCUUAUUACGAGACCAGCGCGAAGGUCAACCUCAACCUGGACGAAGCCUUCCACGAUCUGGGCAAGCAGAUGCUGAAACGCGAAAUGGACAUGGAGGCGGAAAAUGCAGGCAUCCUGCCGAGUCUGGCGAGGAAGAUGCCCGGACGAUUCCCGUUGAGGAAGAAGUCGAAU